AGUGCUGGUGAAAGUUUUCCGCCUUCUGUAGUGUCACUAUCUCCCUCUUUUACAACAGCUACCUGGUUGCUGUAACUGUAAACCAACAUGAGACGAACGAGAGCUUCCAGAAAUAAAAGUCAGAGUGCAGAAGAAAAUGGUGGAGACCAGUCUAAAACAGUGUGGCAGUGGAAAGGAGAUCAAGGUCAGUGGGUACCAUACUCGCCUUCAGACUGUGCUUUGUUGGACUCUGCGGUCUCUUCAGGACAGACCUCCGUCACUCUGACCCUUGGGCCUGGGAAGUCCUAUGAGGUUGACCUGAAGAAAAUGGUCCAGAUAAAUCCAGUUACAAAAUUCAAGAGGAAGAUUCGCUCUCAGACAGUAAAAACAGAAAGUGCAAAUGACGCUGGGGACUUAACAGCUCCUAAUGGCACAACAGUUGAAGUAAAAGAGGAAGAGGAGGACACGAAUGAGCAACCUGCAGCAAAAAGGAGAAAGGCACAAAGCAAACAGGAAAGUCAGAUGAAAGUAGAAGAAAUAAAAAGUGAAGAGGUUGUAAAGAUGGUGGUUAUGAAAGGAAAAGCUCCAGUGGACUCUGAAUGUAAAGCCAAACUCGGAAAGGCUCAUGUUUACAAUGAAGGAAAUGAAGUUUAUGACGUGAUGCUCAAUCAGACAAACCUUCAGUUUAACAACAACAAAUACUACCUGAUCCAGCUGUUGGAGGACGAUAACGCCAAGGCUUACAGUGUGUGGAUGAGAUGGGGCAGAGUUGGAAAAGUGGGUCAGAAUAGUCUGACAGCCUGUGGCGGAGACUUGAUGAAAGCCAAAGACGUCUUCAAGAAGAAAUUCUUAGACAAGACCAAGAAUGAGUGGGAAAACCGAGCGUUAUUUGAGAAAGUGGCGGGAAAAUAUGACAUGGUGUUCAUGGACUACAGCACAGACCAAAAGGAGGAGAACCAGACCACAGUGGAUGCAGCACCCAAAAAGAGAAUCUCAAAGCUGGAUAUGAAGGUCCAGUCGCUCCUGGAGAUGAUCUGUGACCUCAAAGCCAUGGAGGAGUGUGUGUUGGAGAUGAAGUUUGACACUAAAAAAGCUCCUCUUGGAAAGCUGACCACAGAGCAGAUCCGUGCGGGCUACACGGCACUGAAGAAAAUCGAGGACUGUUUGAAGAAGAAGGGCAGCAACAAAGACCUGCUGGAAGCCUGCAACCAGUUCUACACUCGAAUCCCCCAUGACUUUGGGUUGAGAGUGCCUCCAAUCAUUCGCACAGAAGAUGAGCUGAAGGAGAAAAUUGCACUAUUAGAGGCUCUGAGUGAUAUCCAGAUAGCAGUGAAAAUGGUUCAGUCCAGUGAGGACAGUGACGAACAUCCUCUGGACAGACAGUAUAAAUCCCUCAGAUGCCAGCUGCAGCCUCUGGACUCUGGCUGUGAAGAGUACAAGGUGAUAGAAAAAUAUCUUCAGUCGACUCAUGCACCCACCCACUCUGACUACACCAUGACCAUCCUCGACAUCUUCUCAGUGGACAGAGACAGCGAGAGCAGCAACUUCCAGUCACAGAUGCACAACAGGACUCUAUUGUGGCACGGCUCCCGCCUGUCUAACUGGGUUGGCAUCCUCAGUAAGGGGCUCCGAGUGGCCCCACCUGAAGCCCCCGUCACUGGUUACAUGUUUGGGAAAGGUAUCUAUUUUGCUGACAUGUCUUCAAAGAGUGCCAACUACUGCUUUGCCAGUCAGAGCAACCAAGUUGGGCUUCUGCUUCUGAGUGAGGUCGCUCUGGGUGACUGUAAUGAGCUGCUGGACGCCGACUACGAGGCCAAUAAUCUGCCGACUGGAAAACACAGCACCAAAGGUCUCGGACAGACCGGACCUGACCCCAAAAACUCAGUCACUCUGGAUGGAGUGACGGUUCCGAUGGGGCCAGGGGUAAAGACCAAGGUGGCGAGACAAAACGCUUACUCCCUCCUCUACAACGAGUUCAUUGUUUAUAACCCAGCACAGACUCGCAUGAGGUACCUGCUGCGAAUCAAGUUCAACUACUCAUCUCUGUGGUGAGCUUGGCCCAGUCUGGAGGAUCAGAGGUUAUGCUGUCAGUCCGUCUCUCUUCGUAUAAAAUUAGAUGCUGGUUAGCUCUUGGUUUUUGGUAUAACAUCUUUAACUGUUGCUCUGUUUGAUAAAAGACAUCUGUACUUUUCAGUGACACUGAUCCGUAAGAAUAAUUUGAAAAAAUGACAAUAUACAGAAAAAAGAAAAAAAACCUGGCGACUUUUUUGAUGAAAAAUGAGUAAACAAGGUUAUGCAUUUAUAAAUUCUCCUCUGGGUGCUUCUAAAAUGAAAUGACAUCUUUUUACCUUGGUUAUAUGUUAGUUAAGCUGUUGGUUGAAGAUUUCCUCUUUUCUCUGGUGUUUAAUGGACAAAAGGAUUCAUGGAUUAUUUGGAAAUUUAAAUAGUUUUUGUAUGCAGCCUCCAUCGAGGUCCACAGCAGGAUUUGACUAAUUCAAUGCUAAACUGUAAAUAGUAGGCUUGGUCGUUGUACUGAAUUUUUGGGAUAUAUCAACAUUUUUUCAAGUUAUACCUAGGGUAACCCAUUACGGUAUACAUUACUAAAGUUUUUGUUAAUUUUGAUUGGGAAAAAAUAGAUGCCAAAAAAAACAUUGUUUACAGUAAGAACCACUACAGUUAUUUGCUUAUUGACCACAAGAUAAUCCAUUUAAGCUGUUUAGGCUGAAUGGGAAACUUUUGUUUUGUAGCGGUGUAACAGUCUGAACAGUCACAGUUCAGGGUUCGCAGUUUGAUGCAUGUAGUCGCAUGACAAAUACGUCUGAAUAAAAGAAAGAAAAAAAGACAAACACAUGACAGAAUUUACAUACCUAUUUAGGAGGCAGUAACACUCGAAACAGUUUGCUAACAGAGAACAAAGAAGAGGAAGAAGCAGGCACAACUAAACACAGGAAGAUGAGAAGGUAGAUUCAGUAGAAAGAGCAGCAGUGCUCCGAGACCCGCCAGUUUUUUUUAUCCCACUCCUGAACUUUUCUACACUGUUUAUUAAAAGCCUCUGGAUGGGAGAGUAGAGAGGGAUGACGACACAGCCAGUGCGAAUAUGUUUUAAAGUCUAUAUGUAUAUAUGCAGCAGUAGAGUGCACUUGCUUUAAGUGAGUAUUCAAGUGCUCUGCUCAGGCUCCAGUACAAUAUCCCACCCUGUUAGCUAGUCUAGGGCCUUUCACUAACUUACACAAGUCAUGAUACUGUACAAGUGACCACUGCACCAUGAAACACUUCAUAAAUCAAGAUAAUCACAGGCCAUACCAAGUAUCAGAGGUUGUUCUACAUAACACUAGAUGGACACUGUUAACUACACUACUGUCAACGUAGAAUGAAUAAAUGAGCUAAACCUAGAAUUGUAAAUCCAGAAAUUUAGGUUGCUUUUACUUUCCCAUUGAAUCAAACGCAAACCGGACCAUGACCCCAAGGUACAAACUGAGCUGUGACCUCUGUAAACUGUUACACCCCUAAUUACUUGUUAAAAUCAACCUGUUUGAUACCACUAUACAACACAAUAGUCAUAGACAGACAAUAUUGGGUACAUUCUUGUUUUUAUUGAUCAAAAAAUAAUGGGCAAACUCCUGCACACUGUCUAAAUUGCUCAAAUACAUCAGCAAUAUUUAGAAAAGCGAGUGCUGCUCACGAGUACUUAUGGGGGUUCCCUCACUCCCCGCCAGUUUCAGCCACUUUUACCAAUGUAUAUGUGCAAGUUAGACAGUAAUCUCUCUCUCUCUCUUUUGAUGAGGAAUAAUAAAAGAAAUGAAACUGAUGUUACUGAAUCCGUAACGGUAUUGAAGUGUAGGGAAAAUUUUGACAACAUACGAAAAUGUUGUGGCUGCCAAUAUGGCUGUUCAAUUUACACAGAGUGUAAGAGUUUGCAAUUUUUGAUCAUUGUACAUUACUUGGUGGUAGGAUUUUUGUUGCUGUGUGUAAUCAAACAGGUUUCUUGGCCAGACUUUAUUACAGUGGGCCCUAAAUACCGAGUAAUUUUGAUAGUAAUACGUGUUAUUAUCUAUUAAUUUCUCAAGAAUAAGGUGGUUAUUACCCAGUAAUAAGCCAAGUAAUAAAUCAGAAAUAUGAUAAUAUUAAGGAAGUAUUUACCUUGUAAUAAUGUAUUGAUUGUCAAGUAAUUCCUUUUAAUAUUGAGUUAUUCUCUGGUAAAUAGUUGGUAUUUUAUCCUAACUCCUUAAACCUAACUUUACCCCAGCCCCUUACCCAAACCAUAAAAAAUACUUAGAAACAAUCCAGGAAGGACUUACUGUAAUUGUCGCAAUAAUACAAGGGUUAAGGUUAGAGGGUUAAAGGGCUAGGGUUAGGGUCAAAUACCAUCUGAUUACCAGAGAAUUGCCACACUAAUGCAAAAUAUUACUUGAUGAUAAAUUAUUACUGGGUAAAUCCUUUUGGGUUUGUUAGUUUGUUUGUUAGUUUGUUAACAACAUAACUCAAAAAGUUAUGGACAGAUUUUGAUGAAAUUUUCAGGAAAUGUCAGAAAUUGCAUAAGGAAGAACUGAUUAGA